AAGGCCCUCGUCGUUCAAACUUUCGAGAGAAAGCAGUCGCUCCCCUAUCCAUCUCCUCCUCAAGGUUCAAUCAUAAUGGAUAGCCAGAUUAAGUUUGCUGUGGCGGUAAAAAUUAUGAGAAGGACCGGUUCCCGAGGUCAAUUGACUCAAGCGCGAGUCAAAUUUUUGGAUGACCAGAACCGAUUUAUCAUGAGGAACGUGAAGGGACCAGUUCGUGAAGGAGAUAUUCUCACUUUGCUCGAGUCUGAGUGGGAAGCUAGGAGGCUUCGUUAAUCGGUUUUUUU